AUGGCGGCGGGGGACUCGCAGCACGCCGUGAGGAAGGCCCUGGCCCUCGUCAAGAACAAGUUCGACAUCUUCUGCGGCGAGGACAAGUGCCGGUUCCGGCCCGCGGCUGGCCCCAAGGCCCAGCCCGCCUCCCCCACGGGCCCCAGUGCCCGGGCGCCCGGGCCCGCAGGCGAUGGCUCAUCCCCUGACACCUACGAGGCCUUAGGGUCCGACAAGGCGCUGCGCAACUUGGGGCAGAUCGCCACCCUGGGGGUGGGCGGCGCCCUUCGGCGGCCGGUCAAAUCUUUUCAGAUCCUGGGCGUUGACCAGUCAACGCUGGCGGCCCUUGCCGCCUCCGUGGGCCACGCCGGCGCCACCUUUGAAGAGAUCAUGGCCUUCCUGGGCAGCAGGCAUUACGUGGCGUGGAUGACUGAUGAUGACAGGCGGCUGGGCUGGACGCGUGUCACGGUGGUGAUGAAGCGCGAGGAUGGCGAAGGCGAGGAGGAGGGGGGAUCGAACGGCAGGAAUUUGAAUCUGGGCGGGCUGGGCAAGGGGAAGGCGUUCAUCCGGCCGCAGAAGCUGCGAGAGGUUGUCUCUGAGCCGGUGGGCGGUGGGCCGGAUGCCAGGGUGUUUUCCAAUCGCGCGAACACGAUAUCCUGA